CCAUGACUCAGCUGUAGUGAAGGUGGGGUGGGCCAAAAGGCUUGACAUGGGCAAAGUUGGUACUUAGAUGUGGACGACAUGUCUUCCGUGGCUUCCAGAAACGUGGACUUGAAGCGUCCGCGGAGGCUGUUGUCCAGGCCGAGGCGUCCCCCCUGCACCUGGCCGCCCGAGACGCUCGGGAGGCCGGUCUUUGUGUCUUUUGUCAGCAAGGCCGUCUUGUGGGAAAGGCCCGUCUCCUGCCGGACUACACGCGUUAGUCCCCAGCGUCCAUCGGCGCUUUGUCCUCGCUUCCUGUCUCACAUGAACUCCGACUGCCAAGGCCUCAGACCUCCGUGUUUCCUGAGCUCCAAGCCGCGACCGCAGCCUCCGUCGGCGGGCAGGCAGCCGGCAGCUCGCCCCUGCCGAGCACCGUCCGGAUCAGUCCAAGUGAGAGCUGAUGGAAGACCGCGUGAAGAAUUGCGAUAUGUUGUUCCAGGCUUACCUCACAUUCCGCCAAUUCCUCCAUCCUCCGCCAUCCGUAAACCAGAUUCCCUGCACGCUGACCCCGCGAGACCACAGAGCAGCGCCGGCGACAUCCACAGUGGUCUUGUUCCCAAAGGUGGGAAACGUGCAAGUCAGCAGGUGGAGGGACCCGACCCGGGAGAACCUCACUGGGAAGUCUGCCUCCGUCCAACUGGGUCGGAGCAUUCCGAAGCCGCCCCCUCGUCGGACUUCAGUCGUCCGUCGUCCAGUCUCUUCAGCCGCAGCGUCGACCUGGCGAGCGGCCGGAGCAGCGUGCUACUUGAUACAAGGUUGGGAAGCUUCUCACUUGCAUCACCGAACCUUCCGAAAGGAUCCGGUCAUCGAAAUCAUCGCUCAAGUCCGUUUGAUUCCGGACCACCCGGAUCACCUUCUAUCGUCCGCCGUCGUUCCAUCGAACCCGAAGACACCUUCCAUCGUCCCGUAGAUGCCUCCAGAGAGGUUAAUUCACCAUUGGACUCCCUUCACAGUUCCUCCCUGAUGAGUCCCAGGUUAGGGGCGAGAUGGACCCCCUCUGCGGAUCCCCGUCGCUGGCCUGUGCUACCUCCCAUCUCCUCCUUAAACGGACGAUGCUGCCGCUCGACGGCGGCGGCGUCGCUGGACUCGAACCCGGAAUUCAGCCGCACUCCCUCCGGCCUGUUCGACGAACUGGACGCCGUCGCCCCCUCGUCGCCUCCGUCCCGCUCGUCACUGGACCGAGCGGGCGACUUGUCGAGUAGCGGCGCCUCGCCUCUCCACGAAACGCGGUUGUGUGCGGGCCUGGCGGCGUUGUCGGUGGGUCGCCAUUCGGGCGAUUUGAGCUCGCUGUCCCGCGUGCAGCUGCUGCUGCUGCGGCGCACGACGCCGGCGAGCUCGCCGGAGAACCCGGAGCGCAUCCUCCCCGCCGCGUGGAGCCCCCGCCGUGAUGUCACGUUGACCUCGGCAGGUCCAAUGAGGACUCCUGACUCGGCCCGGAAGGUCCCGGAAGAUGGCAAGUCGGAUUGGUCCGUGGGAGGUUCCAGGUCUCCUUCAUCACGGCUCAUAAACCAGAGUCCGUCACCUGACUGUUUCCCAUCCAGAUCUUCGCCUGAACAAGGUUCUGAUGUGGGUCUUGCGGGUGUUUGGGAACAAACCGAGGCGUUUCCGGGAGAGCUUGCGGACGUGGGAGCGGAGGAGAAGGACUGGAGUGUGGAGCAGAGGAAGCGCAAGGUCCUGAACAUGCUGUACAGGCUGCAGGACCCCUCCGGGCAGACCCCCGGAAACGCCCACGUCUGCUCCGACUUUGACGACUUCGACUUUUUGGCAAAGUACUGUAUCUUCAGUCCAGAGAAGCUGGAAGAGUACAAAAAGGCCUUCGAAGCAGAAGACUCUGACGCUGACGGUUACAUCUCCUGCAUCCAAGUGGUGGACGCCCUGAAGCGCAUCAUCCCGGCCGAGAUCCUGUCCGAAGAGGAGGAGAUUUACGUCUACAGGAUCCUGGCCCUGGUGGACUUCCGCGUGACCGAUGGCCUGGUGGACGUGAGACUCUUUGCCGUGAUUGCCAGCCUGGCGCAGAAGAUCGCCGCCAUGGAUGACUUCAUGAGGUCGCUGGUCACCGACAUGGACUUUCGCUCUCUGGAAGCACGACUCUUCAAAGUCAAGCGGCUCUUCCUGUUCCUCCUGGAGGAGCAGCGAGCGGACUCGGGCGGCCGGCGAGGUUUCAUCAGCGCCGAGCAGCUCCUGCUGGAACUGAAGGCGGGCGGCGUCCGCCCGGAGCGGGAGGCGGCCAUCGCGCGCGAGCUCCGGAACCUUCCGCCGCUGGACCUGCUGGACUUCCUGGCCUACCUGCCGCUCUUCACGCUCAUCCACGCGUCGGUCGUGGCCGACCCGCUCGACGACGCCUCGCAGCUCUGAGCGGCUUUGGAAGUCGUUAGAUUGUACCUAAUGAAGUGUCCUGUGAGUGUGUUGACCUGAAAGAUCAAAGAUGUCCCAUGAAAAUAACAAUAAAGAAAUAAAAGCCAAAACAAA